AUGGACAGACUUCGAACAAAGAGAGUCACGCGUUCUCAGACAUCAGUCGUAGCAGAAGAUAAACCAGCAAAGAAAACAAAGAAGGAAUCUGCAUCCUCCUCAACACCUAAUCCACCGAUGCAGCCAUUCCCUGAUGAUGAUCUGGAGUGUCCGCCAGUCACAAACAUUUCAAAAUUAGAGGACAUUUACCCAGACACGACGCCUCAAAAACCUCGAUAUGAGAAUCUCAAAACGAAAUUCCAAAAACACUUUGGUUGUGUGCCUACCUUCUUUGCUCGAUCGCCUGGUCGUGUCAACUUGAUUGGAGAACACAUUGACUAUUCGCUAUUUCCUGUCAUGCCGAUGGCCAUUGACCGUGACUGUAUAAUCGCAGUGGCUACAUCUCGUACCAGCAAACCCAAUCCAGAAAUCUUUAUCGCCAAUAGCGACGACAGAUAUCCUGCACGGGAAUUCCUUCACUUGUCAAAAGAAGAAGGAUAUGUCGAAAUUGAUGCCACAGUUCAUGAGUGGACGAAUUACUUCAAGUGUGGAUACAAGGGCGUGUUUGAAGAACUUGGAUUGGAAGAGGCCAGAGAUAUGAUGGUUAUGGUAGACGGAACUGUGCCCAGUGGAGCAGGUGUAUCGUCAUCGUCUGCAUUUGUCUGCUGCUCUGCUCUCGCAACCAUGAUUGCAAAUGGAAUCACCAUGAGCAAGGCUAGAUUGACACAAACUGCAAUACGAAGUGAACAAUACGCAGGUGUUCAUAUUGGAGGAAUGGAUCAAUCCAGCUCCAUUAUGGGAAUAUCAGACUCAGUACUCUUGAUUGACUUUUAUCCCAAACUACAAGUAAAUCCCAUCAGCCUUCCGCCAUCCAAACCAUCACCUGUAUUCGUCAUUGCCAAUACUCUAGUCACUUCAGACAAGCACGUCACGGCACCUCAAAAUUACAAUUUACGAGUAGUCGAAUGUAGAAUGGCUGCUGCUCUACUGGCUACUAUUGUUGGUGUCUCUGUAACUCUGACUGAAAAUGGAGUCGUAAAGCCAACUAGUUUGAGACAUGUUGCUGAAGAAUACUUUGAAAUAUCAAAGAAAGAGUCGUAUGCGACUACCGUGUUUGAAGAGUGUGCUCCUCGAGUUUUAGCAGAUUUAUUAGCUGUAGUUGAAAAGAAUUUUAAGGAUGAACCUUAUUCUAAGACAGUGUUGAGCAAAGAGCUUCAAAUGAAGGCAAAAGCCAUUGACGAUAUAUUCAUAAACGGCAUACUCAUACACGCCGAAACCUUCAACCUCAAACACCGAGCCAUCCACGUCCUCUCUGAAUCACGACGUGUCUACCAAUUCAGAGACGUGUGUGCCGGUAAACCGCCAUCAACAGGUCCCGCCAACUUGCUCACAGAUAUCGGCAAACUCAUGAAUGAAUCACAAGAGUCAUGUCGUGAUCAUUUCAUGUGUAGUUGUCCAGAGUUGGAUGAAAUUACUGCUCUUGCACGAGCAUCUGGUGCGUAUGGAUCGCGAUUGACGGGAGCUGGGUGGGGAGGUUGCUCAGUCAGUAUGGUUGCUGAAGGGGAAGUGGAAGCGUUUAUCGAAAAGUUGAAAGUUGGGUAUUAUUACAAAAAGUGGCCUGAAUGGAGGAAUGAUGCUGGAAAAAAAGCUGCUUUGAAGGACGUUAUAUUUGCUAGCCGUCCAUGUGCCGGUGCUUUUAUAGUCAAGUCUUCCACGUCCCCUAUGAAGCUCAUCAAAAGGAGUCGUAAUAGCGUUGACUUGUCUUUGACAGUGUAA